AUGGGCCCAAUUGGUGGUGAUGAGGCCUCCCUGCCGCCCGAGUAUCGACACUAUGGACAUUUUGGCGGCGCAGGGUACUACGGUGGUUCCGGCUCGUACGGCUACUAUGGCAGCGGUUCAAAUGGAGGCGGCUCGGGCGGCUAUUAUGGCAGCGGUGGAAGCGGUUCGAAAGGUGACGGCUCGGACGGCUACUAUGGCGGCGGUGGCAGCGGUUCAAAUGGAGGCGGCUCGGACGGCUACUAUGGCGGCGGUGGCAGCGGUUCAAAUGGAGGCGGCUCGGACGGCUACUAUGGCAGCGGUGGAAGCGGUUCGAAAGGUGACGGCUCGGACGGCUACUAUGGCGGCGGUGGCAGCGGUUCGAAAGGUGACGGCUCGGACGGCUACUAUGGCGGCGGUGGCAGCGGUUCAAAUGGAGGCUCGGACGGCUACUAUGGCAGCGGAUCGAACGGUGACGGCUCGGACGGCUACUAUGGCAGCGGCAGCGGUGGCUACUACGUGCAUCAUCACUGGGUAGAUGGCAGCGGCAGUGGCGCAAUUGGUGGCCACGGUGGCUCCUAUGUGCAUCAUCACUAUGUGGAUGGCAGCGGCAGUGGCGCAAUUGGUGGCCACGGUGGCUCCUAUGUGCAUCAUCACUAUGUGGAUGGCAGCGGCAGUGGCGCAAUUGGUGGCCACGGUGGCUCCUAUGUGCAUCAUCACUAUGUGGAUGGCAGCGGCAGUGGCGCAAUUGGUGGCCACGGUGGCUCCUAUGUGCAUCAUCACUAUGUGGAUGGCAGCGGCAGUGGCGCAAUUGGUGGCCACGGUGGCUCCUAUGUGGAUGGUCAUUACCAUGGACAUGGUGCACAUGGUACUUACUAUGGCGGCGGUGCGCAUGUGGGUUACUAUGUUAAUGGCCACUGGGUGGCUGGUGGUGGACAUGGGCACGGUGUCGUGGAUGGAUCAGGCGAUGCCGCAGAAGGGGAUGGCUCGUCACAGUACGGACACGCAGUGAAGCACAUCAUCGAGAAGAACUACUAUGAUGUGCAAACCAAGACACACAUCAUUCACAAGCCCAUCCCUGUCGCCGGACCGGUGCAGUACAAGUCAGUAGAACUUCCCGCCAAGCCGCUUCAUGACUGUUUCAAAGGGUACUCGAACUACAAGAAGUUGUGGGACACGCAGAAGCAGCGCUACUGCUGUUACAAGUACAAACGGUCGUGCACGACCCAGUAUGUCAAGCAUGUCAAGUAUCACACGGUCGUCCACACGAAAGAGGUCCCUGUGCCAGUUACGAAGACCAUCGCAGUGCCAAUCGCCGCAGGGCCGCGAAAGAUCAUCAAGAUCAAAGACUAUGAGAAGCCCGAGCCGCCGAAGGUCAUCCAUGUCAAGGUUCCGGUACCUGCACCGGGUCCACCAGCGAAGGACGUGACCAAAGUGAUUCACUACAAAGUUCAAAAGCCGGUGGAGCAGAUCAUUCACAAGACCCGGGUGAUCAAAAAGCCAGUCCCAGUGGUGCACUAUGUGAAGUAUCCUGUGGAGCAGGAGAGCAAGCCGAAGAUCAUCGUCAAGAAUGAGCACGUCAUGUCCGAGGCUUACGACUGCCACGAUGGUAUGCACCAUUGGAGAGGUGUCUGGGGGAAAGAGAAACGGCUCUACUGCUGCUACAGGACGCAGAUCGGCUGCCCCCACGGCCAUACCAUUGUCACGAACCACACCGUCUACCACACCAAGUACGUGAAGCGUCAGGUCAAGAUGCCAGCGCAGAUCAUCUACAAGGAUGUCACUGACGUGGUCCACAAGCAUGUCGAUCACUCUGAUUUUGACUGCAACUCGGGGUACUCAAACUGGUACUACGGCUGGUCUCCGAAGAAGAAGACAUGGUGUUGUGGCCACGAUCAUAAAGGGUGCCCCGGCACCUGGAAGGGAUACAUCAAGGGGCAAUUGCACGUGGUCGUCCAUCACCACGCAGGCCAUGCUACCGGCAACAUCUAUGAUUGCAAUGCUGGAUUCUCCAACUGGAAGCAUGGUUGGUCAAGGUCCAAGAAGGACUGGUGCUGCCACAACAAGAACAAAGGCUGCGAGCCUUACAACUGCGAAGGUGAGACUGAUGACUGGGAGCAACCGCGCCGUACGUACUGCUGCAACAACUACCAAAUCGCCUGUGCCGUCACGACGCUCAACCCUUUGAAGUGCGAGGCGCCCUGCACCAUCCACGGCGAAACUUCCACGUGCCAAGAACGCAUCGAUUGGACAAAAGAGAACACCUUUGUCGGACGGGGCAACGCUUGUGCACUGGCCUACAGCCAGGUGCAGGUGGAGUGUGAUGUCUGCCGCGCUUGCUCCAUCCAGGAAGCUGGGUGCGGGGUGCCCCAGGGGCAAGGCAGCGAUCCGUACGACUGCGAUGCGGCACUGAGCAACUCCCCCAGGGCCUGGUCUCCUGGGAAGAAGCAGUGGUGCUGCAACCAGAAGCACAAAGGCUGCGAGGGCGACCACCCUCCAGACGUGGACCCCGGUGCCGGCAUGAUGUGGAAGCACGUGCAGGUGAAUGGGUACUGGGUGUGGCAAGUGGUGUCUGCCGGAGGUGUAGGUGGAGGUGCUGUUGGAGGACCCGCCAGCCUUCCCUACGACUGUAACGUUGGCCGCGUGAACUGGGUGCAGGGAUGGUCGGUUCCGAAGCAGAACUUCUGCUGCGCCCACGCCCACUUUGGCUGUGAAGGGCAGAAGAAUGAUGCUGCCGCUGGUGCCACGCACACGACAGUCACUCACCAUACCUACACCACCGUCAGCCAUGGCGGCGGCGGUGGUGGUGCCGGAGGAGCAAUGCACGGCGGUGGUGUGAUCGGUGGAGGUGCACACUGGCACGGGCACUCAGGUGGAGGGAGCUGGCACUCAUCAGGUGGAGGGGGUGCCUGGCACUCAGGUGGAGGUGGUGCCUGGCAUGGACAUGGAGGCAGCUGGCACAGCCACACGGUGACCUACCACAGCGGUGACCAUGCUGUCACCCAUGUCUACCACCAUGGCGGCGACGUCCAUCAUGUUUGA